AUGUUGGAUUUUAAACCCACAGGGCAUCACUCCAGCACUGACAUCACCAUGGCAACCGUGUCGUUCCUCUUCCUCCUGUUCUCAGCCUUUUCUCCUCCAGUCCACAGCCACCUCGCUAUCUUCCAUUUAAUUCAGGGUAAGAUGACUUGGGCUGAGGCUCAGGCAGCUUGCAGAGAGAAAUACACCGACCUCGUCACUGUGGACUCUGAUGAAGACAACACUGAACUGAAAAAUAUGAUAAAUAAGUCUGGUAUCAGUUCUGGAUGGAUCGGUCUCCGUCGUGGUGAGUUCAGUGAGAAAUGGUCGAAUGGUGAUCCUGUAACAUUCGGAAACGUGACAGGGGCCUGUAGGGCAUCGACCUGCUGUGCUGCUAUGAGAGCUGAUGGUAACUGGGACGGUCUUCAGUGCACAGGGACAAAACAUUUCAUGUGCUAUAAACAAGGUGACGGUAAAACCAACCCCAUUUAUCAUCUAAUCCUUGAGCAUAAGACGUGGUAUGAAGCUCAGCAUUACUGCAGGAGGAACUACACUGACCUGGUCAGCAUCAGAGACGAGCAGCAAAAUGAAGAGGUGAAGACUGAAGGGUUAAACAGCACCACGCCCUUCUGGAUCGGUCUGCUGCGGGAUGACUGGCAGUGGAGUGAUGGAGGAAACUCUACUUACAGAAACUGGAGCACGGGUCAACCUCAGGCAUCAGAUAACUGUGCAUAUCUAAGAGAAUCAGAAUGGCAUCCAGCGCCAUGUUCUAAUACAGUCCCUGCUCUGUGCUACAGCAGUAAUAUCCAUGUGAGUGAUGUGGCUCUGAACUGGGAGAAAGCGCUGGAUUACUGCCAUCAGGAGAACAGGGCUGGAUUUUUGCAGAUUGAGUGCGAGGAUGAACAGAAAGAGGUGGAGUCUGAACUCUGGAGGAUGAAUAUCUCCGAGCCUGUGUGGGUGGGGCUUAGACAGAGCCAACUCUUCGGGUUCUGGAUGUGGUCCAGUGGGAACGCUGUUUCUUCGUACUCCAACUGGGCUGAAGGGAAACAGCCCAAGCAUCAGCUCUCUGAGCACUGCGGCGCCGUCGAUCCACGGAACCGCUACGGCUGGAGGGAUAUGAACUGUCUGUCUCGCUAUAGAGCUCUGUGUCACAUCAAAUGUAGAUAG